AUGAACAUUUUAAUUUUACUGUUCAUUGGAUUUUCAUUAUCAAAACAAUGUAAUGACUAUAAACAAGGGUAUGAAAUAGAUACAGUUGAUAGUGCAUUUGAAUGUAUUGAAUCAAUUAAAACAACAGAAAAAGAAAACAGUGAUAUUAUUAAUGGAUUAAAAUAUUAUUUAGAAUCAUAUGUUUUUAAAGAUAUAUUAAAGAAUCCACCACAACCAUCAUUCUCAGAUGAUUAUUAUAAUAAAAUUGAUAUUGAUGCAGAAUUAAAUAAAAUAAAUACACAAACAACAAGUAUGUAUGAUUUCUAUUCUCAAAUUAAAAACUUUAUUGUUUCAAUAAGAGAUUCUCAUUUAAGUUUUGGUGUGGAUUACACUGUUUAUAAACCAAAUUUAAUCCUAAAGGUAUUAGGCAGUUUCCUUCCAUUUUCAAUAUAUAUUAAUGAUGAAAAGAAAAUGUAUUUACAUCCAAGAAGCACGAUUGGUGGUAUUUCUGUUGAUGUUCAACAAGAAGUGAUUAAUAAUGAAAAUGUAGCAGUUAAAACAAUUAAUGGAGAAGAUCCAUUUAAUUUUAUUCGGAAAUUUGGAAAGAAAUACAUAGGAUUUAACUCUCCACAUGCACAAUUUGAAAAAGCAUGUUCAACAUUUGUUUUUGCCAUAUUAGAAGAAAUACCAUUAACAAAAGAAUAUUUAAAUACACCAAUAACUAUUAUAUGGGAAAAUGGAGAAAGUGUAAGUGUUACAUAUUCUAUAUUAAAGCUGCCACUAUCAAGUAUAUCAAUGAAAAGAUCACUUCAAGUGAAGCAAUUUAAACAAAGAUUUGAGCCAAGGAUAACAUUAGAAGAAAUAAAAUCCGAAAAUGAAAUGAUUAAAAGAAUGAAAAGAGAAGAAGGAAUAAACCAAUAUUAUGCUUCAAAGGAUGAUAGUGUAUAUUGUUCUUCUUCAAGUAAUAUUAAUAAACUUGAAAUUUUUUCAUUUAGUCCUGAAAGUAGCUAUAUAAAAUCAUAUGAAGAAACAAUUUCAAAAUGUAUUGAUUUAUUUGAUUCUAAUGAUUAUCCAAUUCAAGUAGUAUUCUCAACGAAUGAAGAAGAAAAUAUAAUUUAUUCACAGUGGAUAGAAAAGAUAUUAUCACCAUAUGAUGAUGUUGAUAUGAUUGUUUCUGGGAGAAUAUCAAAUUUUACGGAAAGUGUAAUGAAAAGAGAAUAUGGAAAUAUUUUAGAUGACCCACACAUAUGUAAAGUAAGAGAAAGUUAUGUAAGUCCAGAAGUACUUGGAGAAUGGUAUACAAAUCCAAAUAUUAUUAGGUAUGAUGAUCUUAUAUAUAAACUUUCACAAUAUUUAAGUGUGCAAUUGAAACAAAUGAAAUUAAUGAGAAAACCAAGAAAACCAGUAAAACAAACAGAAAUAUAUGAUGAUGUUGAACAUAAAGUUUCACAACCUUCAGUUAUGAAAUGGGAACCAAUGAAAUUAAUGAGAAAACCAAGAAAGCCAACAGAAAUCGUAGUUUAUACAGAUCCUCUUUGUUAUUCUGGUUGUUCUACAAUAAUAAAAGGAUUAAAAGAAUGGGGAAGUGCUAUUAUUGUAGGAUAUGGUGGUGACCUAUAUGGUGAAGAUGAAGAAUUUGAAGUAGGAUUAACAUCAAGUAACGCUAUUAAUGUUAAUGAUAUAGAUAAUGAUAAUAUUUUAAAACAAUAUGGUUAUAAUCUUAAAAUAAGUCUUUUAGAAAGAUACAAACAUAAUUAUAAUUACAGUGAAAAAAUUCCAAGUGAAUUUCUAACAGAUAUUGUUGAUGAAAGAAUACGUGUUAGUAGCAGUACUUAUUAUAGAGAAAGAAUAACAGAAGAAACAAAGAAAAUAGUAGAAAAGUAUAAAACUAAAUGUAAUCAAAAGAAUAAAAGACUAGUUAAAAGAGAUAGUAGAUGUGAUAAAGAAAUUAAUAUACAACAUGGACAUGGAGGGUAUGAAUGUGGAGAUAAUGGAGAAUGGAGUACAAAAUGUGUACUAGCCUAUUGUGAUUCAGGAUAUAAAUUUGAUUAUAUCAACAAUAAAUGUAUUGAAGAUGUAUGUGUUUAUCCACCAAAUCUAAGCAAUGGAGCACAACGAAUGACAAUAAACAUAUUCCUGAUAAUAAUUGGAAUAAUCACAUUAAUUCUCUAA